CCUGUCUUCUUCGAACGGCUUCGCCUCCUCUCUCCUAUUUAUGCCUGCGUCUCCCUGCCUAAAAGGAAAUUUCUUUCCAUCACCUCAGAGAUGAAGUAUGCCAGAUUUGAGGGACAAGGCUCGAAAAAGGCGAGAAGUGCGCCGGAGCAAGCUUCAAAUGAGGCCAAUGCGUUUCUUGAAAGUAGUGGGUGCAGCCGCUAAUAUGAAUUCUUCUUUUGAUAUGGGUAACUUCGUCGGUGUCAACACUAAUAGUAACAGGAAGAGAAGAUUGAAGGAGUCAUCUUCAUGCGACGCCAAAGAUCCUUGCAAUUGUCAGGGGCGGAAUUAUAGUACUGUGCCAGAUAGAGGAGAUACACCUGCUGACGUACUAUUGUCAGAUCAAAAUAAAGAGGCUGGGCAGGAGCCUAAGAGGUUGACGUCGCACGGACUUGUGUCGGUGAUAGGGAGGCGGAGGGCGACGGAGGACGCAGUCGCGGUGGCGCUCGGAGAGAUCGAAUCGUUCGAUUUCUUCGGGGUUUACGACGGACACGGGGGUUCCAGGGUCGCCGACGCUUGUAGAGAUAGGAUGCAUCGGCUUGUGUCGGAGGAGGUGCGGAGACGGGGGCCAUGUGUAGUCGAGGGAUUGGAGUACUGGGAGAAAGUGUUGGUGGCUUCCUUCGCCAAGAUGGACGAAGAGGUGGGUGGUGGUUCUUCUAGAACCAGAGGUCCUGUGGCGGCGCCGGCGGCAGCAGAAGAACAUGAGUCGGCGGUGCGAGAGACGGUGGCAAAAAAUGUUGGUUCCACAGCUUUGGUGGUGAUGGUGGGGAAGGAGGAGAUAGUUGUAGCAAAUUGCGGCGACUCCAGGGUGGUGUUGUGCCGAGAUGGUAUUGCUCUGCCUUUGUCUCGUGAUCAUAAGCCUGACAGGCCAAAUGAAAAAGACAGAGUAGAAGCAGCGGGAGGGAGAGUGUUAAACUGGAAUGGUUGCCGUGUGUUAGGAGUUCUUGCUACUUCAAGAUCAAUAGGAGAUGAGUAUCUAAAGCCGUAUGUAAUAUCAGAACCGGAGGUGACGAUGAGUAAGCGGAUGGAGUCGGAUGCAUUUCUAAUUAUAGCGAGUGAUGGGUUGUGGGAUGUAGUUUCUAAUGAGAUUGCUUGUGAGGUAGUGAAGAGAUGUCUUGAUGGGGAAAUAAAAGGGCGGUUCUCGGUGGGCUUCGGCCGCGAGCGGGCAGAAGAGGCGGCGGCCAUCCUCGCUGAGCUUGCUAUGGCACGAGGAAGCAAAGACAACAUCAGUGUAAUUGUUGUUGUCCUGAAAAACUUGACGGCCAACAUCACUUGAUGUUCAUUUCUUUCCUUUUUUUGCUCUCAGUUUCAACCGCAGAGAUAAUUUUUGUUUUUACUUUUCCUUUUUAAAAUCUUAUGAAUAUAUAUAUAUAUAUAUAUAUAUAAAAUAUAGAUAUAUGUACAAACAAGUUUCGUUCCAGAGUAGGCCGUACAAAAUGGAAAAACUUGAGGCUCUUUGCAAUUUGGAUAUGAGUCCUGAAAUCCUUCAUGGGUUGUUCCAAGAUCCCCUGUUCUGCAAUCUGGAGAAGAGCUUGUUUUCUUUUUUUUCAAUUCAGUUUCAACCUAGAGACAGUUUUUCUUUUACUUCAUUUUUAAUCUCAUGAAUAUCUAUAUAUAUAUAUAUGUAUUCACAAACAAGUUUUGCAAUUUGGAUGAUGAUGAUUCCUUAAAUCCUUCAUGAGUUGUUUCAAGAUCCCCGGUUCUGCAA